AGUACAACAUGUCCCAGUCACAAGAAAUCCAAGGCUGAUUUUUCCGAGGCAGCCGAGUUUCGGCCUAAACAUGAAUUGGCCCCCCGUAGAAUCACCCCAUCCAAGCUGAAAAGUGGAACCACAAUUCCGGACCUGUUUUUCUUACAUGUGUCACUUGCCUCAUUUCUUCAUCAGGACCACUUACCCAAUUCUUUUCUACGUCUUUUCACGCAUUUCCCACUCGUCACAUUUUUCUUUUCCCUUCCGCUGCGGUGAGCAGUUCUCUCUUGGAAGCACCGGUCGUCAAAGGAACAGCGGAAGGUUCAAUCCUGGAGCGAUGUUGAUCACGCGCGGCUUCUCUCUGACCAACUUCGUCAUCGGAUCUUCCGCGCUAUGCUUCCAGAUCUUCGUUCUUUACCCAUGGCAUGAGAAGCUCGAGGAACACUUCAACGAAAUGACCAAAUCGCAUCAGACUAUGCUGCAAGAGACCACAAGAAGACACAAGCAGGAGCUUGCUGGUAUUCGCGCUGAAUUGGAGAAGUUGACGAAGGAAAAGGAACGGAGGGGAAGGUUCUGGUGAUUCGGAGAUUCAGAAUCGUUGUCUGAAAACCAUGCGACAGGGAGACCAAGGGGAAUCGCGCGCCUCAUUUACAUGGAACUUCUAUCCGGCGCCUGAUCGUCCGCACAUCACGAGACGCUGUUUCCGGGGCAACUUUUGGCAUAAUCCCCUU